GCGCAUAACCCAAUUAGGCCGAGUUCAUCUGCUCGCUGGGCUCGGAUAUAAAAGCCAGGAAUUUCCCUUGGAUAGCCACAGAAGGCAUCCGCUAGCUCCAAUCGCUCGGACCAGACAUUGUACACUGCCCAGAAGUACGCUAACAGACGACGACUGCAAGAUGGCUCUGCGAUUCACUCUCACUCUGCUCCUGGUCACGAUCCUGGUCACAGCCAUCCUGCUGGGCUCCAGUGAGGCGGCCUACAGGAAGCCCCCCUUCAACGGCAGCAUCUUUGGCAAGCGCAACAGCCUAGACUACGACAGUGCCAAGAUGAGCGCCGUGUGCGAGGUGGCCAUGGAGGCGUGUCCCAUGUGGUUUCCACAGAACGACAGCAAAUAGGACCACGCCCUGCGACAGCGCCUCCA